AUGGAGGACGCGUCACCGACACACGUAGGUGAAGCCCUCAACGAGGUUGGAUAUAACGGAGGAAGAACUGCAAGACUGCUCUUGUACGACAGCUGCAAGACUGCUCCUGUACGACAGCUGCAAGACUGCUCCUGUACGACAGCUGCAACACUGCUCUUGUACGACAGCUGCAACACUGCUCUUGUACGACAGCUGCAAGACUGCUCCUGUACGACAGCUGCAAGACUGCUGUACGACAGCUGCAAGACUGCUCCUGUACGACAGCUGCAAGACUGCUCCUGUACGACAGCUGCAAGACUGCUCCUGUACGACAGCUGCAAGACUGCUCUUGUACGACAGCUGCAAGACUGCUCCUGUACGACAGCUGCAAGACUGCUCCUGUACGACAGCUGCAAGACUGCUCCUGUACGACAGCUGCAAGACUGCUGUACGACAGCUGCAAGACUGCUCCUGUACGACAGCUGCAAGACUGCUCCUCGCUGCCAGCCGCACGACCAGCCUCAGGCAGCGCACGACCAGUCUCAGCGCUGCCAGCCACGCGACCAGCCUCAGCGCUGCCAGCCGCACGACCAGCCUCAGCGCUGCCAGCCGCACGACCAGCCUCAGCGCUGCCAGCCGCACGACCAGCCUCAGGCAGCGCACGACCAGCCUCAGCGCUGCCAGCCACACGACCAGCCUCAGCGCUGCCAGCCGCACGACCGGCCUCAGCGCUGCCAGCCGCACGACCAGCCUCAGCGCUGCCAGCCGCACGACCAGCCUCAGCGCUGCCAGCCGCACGACCAGCCUCAGCGCUGCCAGCCGCACGACCAGCCUCAGGCAGCGCACGACCAGCCUCAGCGCUGCCAGCCGCACGACCAGCCUCAGCGCUGCCAACCGCACGACCAGCCUCAGCGCUGCCAGCCGCACGACCAGCUCGCACCGCAUCAGUCCUCCUGGAGUGCUGAACGCUACUCUCCGAGCUGCUAA